AAUAGAAUUCAAAUCCCUAUAUAUAUAUACAUAGUUGAACUUAUUUGUACUCACCAAUCAUAUCCAAACAUUAAACAAGCUUAGUUUCUUCUUCUCCUCCUCCUUUCAAGUAUAGCACUAUAUUAAUCACUCGAAAUAGUCAUACGUGAAACACAUACCAGUCUACCCAAAAAAAAAAAAAAACAAAAAAACCUUGAAAUAUCAGUCAUAUAUAUAAGGUUUUUCUUUUCCUUCUCAAGAAAAUUAAGUUGAUGAUAUGGGGAUAUGUAUAAGGGCAAUGAUUCGACAAGCUAAGGAUAAUGUAUUUGUACGAACAAAAGAAGAGGUACCAAAAGGACAUAUAGCGGUGUAUGUGGGAGAGAGGUAUUACAAGAAACAUAGGAAGUUUGUUGUUCCAAUAUCAUAUUUGGAACAUCCAUUAUUUCAAGAAUUGUUGAGGAAAGCAGAGGAUGAAUAUGGAUUUGAUCAUCCAAUGGGUGGUCUUACUAUUCCAUGUACUGAAACUACAUUCCUCAGUAUUACUUCUCAUUUGAAUCUCAUUACUAGAUGUCAAUAAUAUUAUUCAACAAUCAAGAAUGUACAUGCAGAGGAGAGGAGGAGGACAUAUCGGGCCAGUACUUCAAGAUUAUUUUUUUGUGUUCUUAUCAUUGAAUUCAUCGUACUUUUAAAAUUAUCGUGAGUUCAGAAUUUAUUAUUGUGUUUAGUGAAUUGUUAUACAUAUAUACACACAUUUAAGUUCAAUGUCAAAAUAACAAGUUCA